AUGGCUUCCCCUAGCGUUCUCACCUUUGACGCUGAGGGUCGGGCAGUGGACUUUGAGGUCAGGGUAGAUGAUAUGCAGCUUUUCCUGCAGUGCGAUAGGGCAGACGGCCUCUCCCUGUUUGACCUCACUUCUGGUGCCUUCCCUGCCCCUGCUGCUGAUGCUGACGCCACUGUUCGCUCACAGUGGGCCACACGUGACGCUGCUGCUCGCCUUGCUGUGCGCCGCCACUUACUGACCACUGAGCGUGCACACUUUAGCCAGUACAGGAGUGCUCAGACCUUGUACGACGCUGUAGUUGCACGCUACUCUUCCCCUGCCACUGCUGCACUAAGCCGCCUCAUGCUACCGUACCUCUUCCCUGACCUUGCUGCCUUUCCCACUGUUGCUGACCUCAUUACGCACCUCCGCACUAGUGACACUCGCUACCGCGCUGCGCUUCCUGCUGAGGACCACUUCCUCUCUGUUUGCCCCACCACUCUCACCGUUGACCUCCUUGAGAAGGCCCUCCUAGCGAUAGAGAAGAGCAUAGUCGCUGUAGGAGCCUCUCGUGGUGACCCUCGCACCCCCGUCUUUGAGGGGUGUUCUCCCUCCCCCCUCUUGCCCUCUGUUGCCUCUGCUGCUGCGGCCGACCUCGUUGGUUUCGAGUCAGUCGGCGUUGCGUCUGCCCCGAGCGGGAGACGCCGCACCGGCAAGGGCAAGGGGGGCAAGGGCACUGGAGGAGGUGGAGGGGGCGGUGGAGGUAGUGGUGGAGGCGGUGGAGGGGGUGGCGGCAGCGGCGGCAGCAGUGGAGGUGGCGGAGGCGGUGGAGGUGGCGGAGGGAGCGGAGGCGGCGGAGGUAGUAGAGGAGGCGGAGGUGGAAGUGGCGGCGGAGGCGGCGGAGGAGGCGGCGGCGGCGGAGGCGGCGGUGGUGGAGCGAGUCGUGACUCUGCGUGGAGGAGUGGCGCCGGUGGUGGUCAGCGCCAGCAGCAGCAGCGGAGUGGUGUGACCCUGUCCCCUCAGCAGCUUCGUGAGUGGUACACUGCACGCCUGCGCGGUGGGGGUUUUGGUCCCUGCUCAUACGUUCUCCGUACCGGCGACCGCACUAGUGAGCAUGUUGAGGGUGCCUGUUACCUGUGUGUACCACCUGACCCGGGCAUUGAGGCUGCUGCGCUAGGUGCUGGUGAGACUGCUGCUCUAGGUGCUAGUGCGUCUGCUGCCCCAAGUGCCAGUGCGUCUGCUGCCCCAGGUGCUGGUGAGUCUGCUCUCUCAGGUACUACGUCGGCUAAGGCCUUCCACACCUUCACCCUGGACUCGGGUGCGUCCCGCUCCUUCUUUCGAGACCGCACCACUCUUACGCCGCUUAGUCGGCCGGUUGCAGUCUCCCUGGCAGACCCCUCUGGGGGUUCUGUCCUUGCUAGCUUCUCCACUGUCCUUCCGUGCCCUGCAGCCCCCUCUCGCACCCUGUCUGGUCUCUACCUCCCCUCGUUCUCUACGAACUUGGUGAGUGGAGCGGACCUUCAAGAUCGAGGGGUUGACCAGUUCACUCAUGCGAGUCAGCGAGUGACCCACUGCACGUGUGCUCGGAUAGGCCGACACUUGGUGUGA